GGGGGGAAGGUAAAUUGAGUGGCGCCGCGGGGAGCGCACAUGGCAGCGGAAAGCAGAGUGUGUGUUCCCGGCGGGAUACUUUGAUUUCUCAGCAUGGACAAGGAGCAGGUUUCCAAACGUUUGUAUGUUGGGGGGCUUGGCCACACGGUUUCCAGGGCUGAACUGGAAGAAAGAUUUGGCAAAUUUGGGCGUGUUUUGGAUGCAGAGAUUAUUACCAGAAAAGAUGAUGAGGGGAACCCUAUGAAGACUUUUGCUUACGUCAGUGUCAACAUUUUGGAUGCAGAUCUUAGGAAGUGCAUGUCAAUUCUAAAUAAAACAAAAUGGAAAGGGGGGACACUGCAAAUCGAGUUGGCCAAAGAAAGCUUUUUGCACAGGCUUGCCACGGAGAGGGAGGAAGCAAAGCUGCAGAAAGAAAAGCCACAGAGAAAUAACCAAACCUGUCUGUUGGAAUCACUGAAAAAGACUGGAGUUGUGGACUUCCAUAUGAAAGCAGUACCAGGUACAGAGGUGCCAGAGCACAAGAAGUGGGUUGUUGGUAAAUUUGGCAGAGUCUUGCCUGUCCUGCACCUCAGGAAUCAGCAAAAAAAUAAAAUUGUGAAAUAUGACCCCUCCAAGUAUUGCCAUAACCUGAGGAAGCUGGAGCCAGACCUGGCACAGGCAGCUCCUGUGUCCGAGCUCACCUGGCACUUGGAAGGGGGAGAUGCCAGUGCCAGCAGGAAGCGACCAGCAGAGUUCCCUGGGAUGAAGAAACUCUGGAAAAAACUGAGGCAACUGGGCAGUGAGGCCCUGAACGGAGCAGCAGUUCUGUCCUCUGGGGGCCAGGCCCAUCCAAACCACCCCAGCUCAGCACAGCUCGGUCAAAGAGCAAAACCCAGAGCCAGUGACAAGUCUAAAUUGCCUCCAUCAAGGAGUCUCGAGGGUGAAACACCAGGGAGAGGUUUAUUGGCACAUCAAAGCAAUGUGAAUGGAGUGGCAGCUCAGAGUGGUUCUGACAGUGAGGUUGAUUCUGAAGAGGAGAUCAGAGCAAUGGUGAAGAAAGAGAAAGAAAAACAGCAAGCAGGGAACGUUGAGAGUGAAAGUGACCCCCUGGAAGUUGUUGGGGGUGAUUUUGAAUUAAAAUACAAUAGUCACUGGUCCUUAUGCAAUCCAGAUGCCAUGAAGAAACCUAUCAAAGCAAGUUACAAAGAGACCAUGGAACGUGAUAAUGGUUAUGAUUCAGCAGAUACGGAUGAAAUUCGUUAUGAUCCCACAAGAGAGGACCAUGCAGUUUUUGAAAGGAAGCCAAGUGCUGCAGAAAAGGAGAGUAAAGUUAAAGGGAAGAAGAAGAAGGAGGAGAGUGAGAAACCGCCUCAAGUAUCUGAGAAAAUCUAUUAUGAUAUUGCUGCUGAUUUAAAAGACUUGUUUGGAUCCUCGAAGAACACAUCAGAAAAAAAGGAGGAAAUACCCUGGGACAAGGGUGAUGCAGAGGACUCUGCCUCACCUGACCAUUUGGGACCUACAUCUGGGAAUGAUGCAGCUCAGGAGCCGAGUGGCUUCAAGUUUUCCUUCUUUGGAGACACGGAGAAGUCGGGCGUAAAAGAAGAGCCCUACAUACUUGAAACAAUAAAACCUGUAAAAGUCACAUGGCAAGAAGAUCCACGUUUCCAAGACAGCAGUUCUGAGGGUGAUGAGGAGCCAGAGGCAUCAGAAGUUGAAAAGGACCAAGAAAUGUUUAUUUCUUUACCACACAGAGAAAGUACAAGAUUUUUCUUCUUCUCCAGAAGAGAGGGCCCUAAGUUAUUUUGUAGAUCAGUAGAUCUCAGUGAAGAAAAAGAUGGUUGGGAAGACAGACGUAGAUUAUUGCUUGAGGAAUGCCGGAAGAAGCACAAGGAUGCAAAAAGAAAAGUGAAAGCAAAACAAUAAAUAUUUUUUACCUUACUGAUCAGAAAUGUUUCAUGUUUGAUCUUUGAAGAAGUUGCAAAACAAUGUUACUUUCAAAAUACUUUCAGAAAUCUAGUAGGAAAUAGUAAUUUUGGCAAAAACUACUCAGACUUUGUUUCUACAUAGGAACAUGUUUAUUCUGUCAGUUCAAUGUUUGUACCAAGGUCUGGGAAUUUGUAUGUGUGUGUACAUAUAUAUAUAUGUAUAUAUAUA